GAGCGCGGGCAGACCCAGGUCUUGGAAACCGCGCGCUCGCUGGUACCGUUCCCUGCCCUCAUGUUUCCUACCGUCUCCUCUCCGCGAACCCCGGGGCCUGGGUCCCGAAGGGGCCCGCUGGGCGUAGUUGGGCCAGGCUCCACGCCCCGGGCAGCAAGCAGGAAAGGUCUGUCCCUUGGGUCAGCAAUCAACUCCCCGGUGCUCUUCUCGCCGGUCGGGCGGCGGAGCUCGCUGAGCUCACGAGGAACACCUACACGAAUAUUUCCAUAUCAUUCCAUAACUGAUUCUACAAACUAUGAUGUAAAAACAUUUGGAUCAUCUCUUCCUGUUAAAAUCAUGGAAGCGCUAACGUUGUCUGAAGUUGAUGAUCAACUGACUGUUCACAUAGAUGAAGGUGGAUGGGCUUGUCUGGUCUGCAAAGAGAAACUCAUCAUUUGGAAAAUUGCUCUGUCACCUAUUACUAAGUUAUCUGUUUGCAAAGAACUUCAGCUGCCACCCAGUGAUUUUCACUGCAGCGCUGACUUAGUUGCUCUCUCUUACUCUGCUACCUCAGGUGAAGCACAUUCUGCUCAGGCUGUUGCUGUUAUGAUUGCCACCAGAGAAGGAUUUAUCCGCUAUUGGCCAAGUCUUGCUGGCGAAGAGAACUACACAGAGACUUUUAUAGACUUGGGAGGGGAUAAGACUUACAGUUUCCUAACAGCAGUGCAGGGAGGAAGUUUUAUUUUGUCCUCAUCAGGAAGCCAGCUGAUUCGACUGAUACCCGAAAACUUAGGAAAGAUUCAUCAUCAUAUCCUUCCUCAGGGGCAAGGCAUGCUUUCAGGAAUUGGUCGGAGGGUUUCUUCUCUUUUGGGAAUUUUAUCUCCUAGUAGUGAUCUCAUCCUUUCAGGUGUCCUCUGGGAUAGAGAGAGAUCAAGCUUUUACAGCCUGACAAGUUCAAGCAUCAGUAAAUGGGAAUUAGAUGACUCUUCAGAAAAACAAGCUCAUAGUUGGGAUAUAAACAGAGCCUUGAAGGAAAAUAUCACUGAUGCUAUUUGGGGAUCUGAAAGUAACUAUGACACUAUCAAAGAAGGAGUCAACAUUCGAUAUUUGGAUUUGAAGCAAAACUGUGAUGGGCUCCUGGUUUUGGCAGCAGCGUGGCACCCUGCCGACAGUCCGUGCCUCACCUAUUACUCUCUGAUAACAGUGGAAGACAACGGGCACCAGAUGUCAGAUGCCGUAACUGUGGAAGUCACUCAGUACAAUCCACCCUUUCAGUCUGAAGACUUGAUUACGUGUCGGUUGAUGGUCCCCAAUUUUUCAAACCAGACUGCCUAUCUGUAUACUGAAAAUGCUGUCUAUGUGUGUUCCACAGGAACCGGAAAGUUUUCUCUUCCUCAGGAGAAAAUUGUCUUUAAUACACAAGGAGAUAGCAUUUUAGGAGCCGGUUCCUGCGGCGGUAUUCCUAUUCUUUUUUCUAGAAACAGUGGAUUGGUAUCUGUUACUUCAAGGGAAAAUGUGUCCAUAUUAGCAGAAGACCUUGAAGAUUCACUCGCAUCUUCAGUUGCUGGACCAAACAAUGAGAGUAUGGUUUUUGAGACUUCUACAAAGAAUGAAAUGGUAGCCCAGGAAGAUAAAACCAAAUUGCUAAAAGCUGCUUUUCUGCAAUAUUGCAGAAAAGACUUGGGUCAUGCUCAAAUGAUGGUUGAUGAGCUCUUUUCAUCUCACUCUGAUUUGGAUUCUGAUUGUGAAUUGGAUAAAGCUAUUACCCAAAUCAGUGUGGACCUGGUGGAUGAUUACCCAGCUUCUGACCCACGGUGGGCGGAGUCUGUCCCUGAGGAAGCACCUGGGUUCAGCAACACAUCACUGAUCAUUCUUCACCAAUUGGAGGACAAGAUGAAAGCCCACUCCUUUCUUAUGGACUUUAUUCAUCAUGUUGGCAUCUUUGGACGGCUCGGCACUUUCCCUGUAAGAGGAAUGCCGAUGGCAACGCGGCUUUUGCUCUGUGAGCAUGCCGAAAAGUUAUCGGCCACCAUUGUUCUUAAGAACCACCACUCACAACUUUCCGACCUUGUGAACACAGCCAUAUUGAUUGCUUUAAACAAGAGGGACUGUGAAAUCCCAUCCAACCUGACCCCUGCAGACCUCUUUUUUAGAGAGGUGUCCCAGGUAGAUACCAUCUGUGAGUGUUUACUGGAGCAUGAGGAACAAGUCUUAAAGGAAACAUCAUUGGAAUCAGUUGAAUGGGCCGAGGUGGUGAUCAGUGUGAACAAUAUUCUCAAGGACAUGCUUCAGGCUGCUAGUCAUUACCGACAAAAUAAAAGCUCCUUGUAUAGAAGAGAAGAACCACUAGGAAAUGAACCUGAAUAUAUUCCUUGGACAGCAACUAGUGGCCCUGCCGGCAUCCGAACUGCAAUAGUACGCCAGCAUAGCAUUGUCCUGAAAAUGGUGUAUCCUCAGGCAGAUAGCAAGCUCCGGAACAUUCUGACAGAGCAGCUCGUAGCGCUGAUUGAUUGCUUCUUGGAUGGUUAUGUCUCUCAACUUAAGUCUCUGGACAAUUCGAGUGAUCAAGAAAGAUAUAACAGUUUGAAAAUGGAAUACCUGCAGAAAAGAUCAGAUCUCUUAUCUCCUCUUCUCAGUCUAGGCCAGUACCCAAUGGCUGCUUCUUUAGCAGAAAAGUACUGUGACUUCGAUAUCUUAGUACAAAUGUGCGAGCAGACGGACAACCAGACUAGACUCCAGCGCUACAUGACUCAGUUUGCAGAUCAGAAUUUUUCAGAUUUUCUCUUUCGUUGGUAUCUGGAGAAAGGAAAGCGUGGCAAAUUAUUAUCUCAGCCUAUUUCUCAGCAUGGCGAGUUGACUAAUUUUUUGCAAGCUCAUGAACAUCUCAGCUGGUUACAUGAAAUUAAUAGUCAAGAAUUAGAAAAGGCUCAUGCAACACUUUUGGGUUUGGCAAAUAUGGAAACUCGUUACUUUGCAAAGAAAAAAACCCUUCUUGGUUUGAGUAAAUUGGCUGCAUUAGCUUCAGACUUUUCAGAGGAUGUACUGCAAGAAAAAGUUGAAGAAAUGGCUGAGCAGGAGCGCUUUCUACUGCACCAGGAGACCUUGCCUGAACAGCUGCUAGCAGAGAAACAGCUGAGUCUCAGUGCAAUGCCAGUAUUGACCGCAUCACAACUUAUAGGCUUAUAUAUAUGUGAAGAAAAUAGAAGAGCUAAUGAAUACGAUUUCAAGAAAGCAUUGGACUUGUUAGAAUACAUUGAUGAGGAGGAAGAUGUAAAUAUAAAUGAUUUAAAACUGGAAAUCCUUUGCAAAGCUCUUCAGAGAGAUAACUGGUCCAGUUCAGAGGGUAAAGAUGAUCCAAUUGAAGUAUCAAGAGACAGUAUAUUUGUGAAAAUCUUACAGAAACUUAUAAAAGAUGGCAUUCAGCUGAGUGAAUACCUGCCAGAGGUGAAAGACCUACUGCAAGCAGAUCAGCUUGGAAACUUGAAGUCUAAUUCUUACUUUGAAUUUGUCUUGAAAGCAAAUUAUGAAUAUUAUGUGCAAGGACAAAUGUAACAUUUUCUUAAAAUGUUCAUUGUUCCUGAAAAUUUGUAUAGUGUAUCCUUAUAAAAUUUUUUAUUUGAAA